UUCUGGUUUGUGCUGUGCCUAAUCUUCAUCACUGGAACAACCCGUAUAAACAUCCUGUGUAUGGGAUACCUGAUGGCUUGUUUCCAUUUCAUGCUAUUUGGGGGCAGUCUACUGCUGAAACCGGUCCGUCACCUGCUAAAGCUGUGGAACUAUCUGAUUGUCUAUACGGCCUUUGUCAUCACCAUGAAGAACGUGCUUUCAAUAGGAGCUUGUGUAUACCUAGAUAAAUUGAUGAAGAAUAACUGCUGGCUCAUCCAGACUUUUAGCAUGUUCUGCACCAUCAAAGGAUAUGACUUGAAUAUCCCAUCAGAUGACAUAUGCGAACUGCCUGAAAAUGAAGCAGGAAUUGUAUGGGACGCAAUCUGUUUUACUUUUCUUCUGAUACAGCGCCGUGUGUUCUGCAGCUAUUACUUCUUGUAUGUGGUGGCAGAUCUGAAGGCCUCUAAACUCCUGGCUUCCAGAGGGGCAGAGCUGUUUGAAGAGAAAAUUAAGAAGGUUGUGGCGGUACGUCUGGAAGAAGAGAAGAAAUGUUCCCAGGCAAUGAAGAAGCAGAUGGAGCAGAUCAAAUCCAAGCAGAAGGCAACUGAUGAGGCAAAGGCUCGGAAAGGGAGUGCAGCUGACGAUACCUCUGAGUCAUCAGCAAAGGACAAAGAAGAUGUUGAUAAAAAAAGAUAAAGAUGGAAAAAAGAAGUGGUGGCAGCCCUGGGUGACCCACACAACAAUGGUUCGUAGUGGAAGCUACAGCCUAUUUGAUACAGACAGUGAGGAUGAGGAGGAAGAGACUCGAGAGGAAAAGCGAGAGGAGGAACCCCCUAAAAAGAAAACUGCAUUUCAGUUAGCAUACGAAGCCUGGACCACCAGCUCUAAAUCUGCUUUAAACCUGCGGAAGAAUGAUGAGAUUACAAUCCGCAAGGAGAUGGAAAAGCAACAGCCAGAAGGGAAGCCAGAGGAAUCUCAGCAUGAAGAAACAGAGACAGAAAGCCAGGAAGAUAAUGCAGAAGGGCCGGAGAAUAUCAUUCAGAGGAUUAUCAAUAUUGUCAAGUUCUCCUGG